GCAAUUCUCCGCCCAUUCAGAAAGUACACAAUAAACUCUCAAGAGCGGCCAGAAGCAAAUCUAGCCAACGGAACAUUUCAGUGUCGUUGGACAAUACAUAACAUCUUGGGCAACAUGCAAUCUACGGUGUUUACUAUCUUGUUUGUCAAACUAUUAUGCUUAACUUUACAUGGAAUGACAGCAGUGUUAGCUGAACUUCCAAGUCCCAGUAACGUCAGGAUUACCUCCAUCAACAUGGGACUAGUGUUGGAGUGGGAUCCCCCUCAGAACCACACGGGAAACCUCACCUACAGAUCAGAAUACAAGUGGAACAGCAUCAGGAGCAGCUACCGGGUUGUAUGUUGGGACACAACUGCCCUAUGCUGUGACUUCACCAGUCAUCUAAACAAAUUUGGAGUGUACACUUUCCAAGUGAGGGCAGAACGAGAGGGAGAGGCAUCUCACUGGGUGGAGACUAAGGAGUUUGUCAUGGAUGAACACACCACUUUAGGCCCUCCCAGUGUGACUCUAGUCUCCAGUGGUGCGAACAUUGAAGUGAGCAUCGAAGACCCAGUGCUCAGGAUCUCUGAGUUUAAAGAGAUCUACAAUCAUGCAACCUUUAACAUCACCUACUGGAAGGAGGGGCAGGAGGAGAGGGCCAAACGGAUGAAUGGUAUCCAGCUGCAUAAAGUGGUGUUGGAGCUGGAGCCAUGGACCAGGUACUGUUUUCAGGUCUGGGUGGUAACCCAGAGGUUCUUCAAACAAAGCCAGCCCAGCAACGUUACGUGUGAGAGCACCGUUAAGGGCAAGGACAGGCCCUGGGUGAUGGCCCUGGUGAUAUUUGUUGUGAUGGCAGUGUCAGUGCCCCUGGUGGUUCUAGCAUUCUGGCACUGCUACAAGGUGGUCAACUUCCUCAGACCCAAGGUAAAGCUGCCUGGACAUUUCACAAUGUACCUGUUGGAUCCUCAGUGCUCCUCCAUCCUGGCCUUGCAGAGCAGCCCCCAGCCUGAUGAGGUGUACCAUGAGGUCAGCAUCAUGCCUGGGGGGACAGAGAGAGAGCUCUCUCUGAUGGACGGAACAACAUAAUGCACAUAAACCAGACUGAUUGACAAUACAAAGAAAGGCAGUGUUCGAGAGCAUCAACACCACGACUGACAGGCCGAUCUAUAAAUAAUAUUAAGUUGUUGAUCAGUCAGUCUCGACUCGCCUUUAAUGUCGGCUGCACCCAAUCACAAACCCAAUCACAAAGAUCUUGAAGUGGAUGGGGAAGAUAUGGGUGAAAGACUGAUGUGAGGAAGAGAAGAGGACAACAAUGGAUGGCAGAGAAGAGGACGUAUCUCUUAGUGAGAAAUAAUAGUCUUAACUGACAUCAGGGAUUUAGUUAUUUAUGUGAUGAAAUGCAAAGAGAGUUAUUUAGUGUAAUGCAGGGGUCAUCUACUAGAUUCAGCUGCAGGCCGCAAAUACAACCACCGACAGUUGGGGAACCCUGUUGUAAUGUGUUUAUUUAUGUGAUCUUUACUUCUAGCUAUAGCCAGUAACCAGGUAGGGCUAGCUAGCCAGCCUGCUAACUAGUCAGUAGCUAGCUAGCCAGCUAAUGCAAGCCAACUUUGUUCACUUGUUGUUGACUUUAUUAUAUUGACAUGCUAACUUCAUAAUAAGUUCUACAACAUAAUUAACAUGACUAUUUUGAUUUUCCUGUCACACUCACACAGUCGAAUCCUUCCUUUGUACUAGCAACCUAGGCUGUAAACACACACUCCUAAAGCAUCAUGAAUAUUCUAUGAGGGGGCGUGUACAUUACAUUACAGCCUUAUUCUAAAAUAGUUUAUUUUUAUUUUUUAUCAAUCCACACACUUUGUAUUUGUAUUUACUAGGGAUCCCCAUUAGCUGCUGCCAAGAUAGCAGCUACUCUUCCUGGGGUUUAUUAUGGAUCCCCAUUAGUUCCUACCAAGGCAGCAUCUACUCUUCCUGGGGUUUAUUAUGGAUCCCCAUUAGUUCCUGCCAAGGCAGCAGCUACUCUUCCUGGGGUUUAUUAUGGAUCCCCAUUAGUUUCUACCAAGGCAGCAGCUACUCUUCCUGGGGUUUAUUAUGGAUCCCCAUUAGUUCCUGCCAAGGCAGCAGCUACUCUUCCUGGGGUUUAUUAUGGAUCCCCAUUAGUUCCUGCCAACGCAGCAGCUACUCUUCCUGGGGUUUAUUAUGGAUCCCCAUUAGUUCCUGCCAAGGCAGCAGCUACUCUUCCUGGGGUUUAUUAUGGAUGCCCAUUAGUUCCUGCCAAGGCAGCAGCUACUCUUCCUGGGGUCCAAACACACCAAAUCAUCCACAUUACAUAUAAAACAACAGAUAGAACUGAACUAUGUUUGUAAUAAGUGAGAUAAAUCUGAUUCUACUGUUUGCAUCAGUUACCAGAUGUAGAAUAGAGUUCCAUGUAGUCAUGGCUCUAUGUAGUACUGUGUGCCUCCCAUAGUCUGUUCUGGACUUGGGGACUGUGAAGAGACCUCUGUUGGCAUGUCUCGUGGGGUAUGCAUGGGUGUCUGAGCUGUGUGCUAGUAUUUUAGACAGAUCGGUACAUUCAGCUUGUCAACACCUCUUACAAAAACAAGUAAUGAUGAAGUCCAUCUGUCUUCCACUUUCAGCCAGGAGAGAUUGACAUGCUUAAUAUUAAUAUUAGCUCUCUGUGUACAUUUAAGUGCCAGCCGUACUGCCCUGUUCUGAGCCAAUUGCAAUUUUCCCAAGUCCCUCUUUCUGGCACCUGACCACACUACUGAGCAGUUGUCUAGGUGCGACAGAACUAGGGCCUGUAGGACCUGCCUUGUUGAUGGUGCUGUUAAGAAGGCAGAGCAGAGCUUUAUUAUGGACAGACUUCUCCCCAUCUUAGUUGCUGUUGUAUCAAUAUGUUUUGACCAUGACAGUUUACAAUCCAGGGUUACUCCAAGCAGUUUAGUCACCUCAACUUGCUCAAUUUCCGCAUUAUUCAUUACGAGACGUAGUUUAGUGAAUGAUUUGUCCCAAAUACAACACUUUUAGUUUUGGAAAUAUUUAGGACUAACUUAUUCCUUGCUACCCAUUCCGAAACUAACUGCAGCUCUUUGUUAAGUGUUACAGUCAUUUCAGUUGCUGUAGUAGCUGACGUGUAUAGUGUUGAGUCAUCCGCAUACAUAGACACACUGGCCUUACUCAAAGUCAGUGGUAUGUCGUUAGUAAAGAUUGAAAAAAGCAAGGGGCCUACUAAACAGCUACCCUGGGGAAUUACUGAUUCUACCUGGAUUAUGUUGGAGAGGCUUCCAGUAACUUCUUAUGGGCAGGUGGGACAGUAGCGUCCCACCUGGCCAACAUCCGGUGAAAUUGCAGAGCGCGAAAUUCAAACUACAGAAUUAUAAAUAUUUAACUUUCAUAAAAUCACAAGUGUAAUACAUCAAAAUAAAGCUUAAAUUCUUGUUAAUCCAGCCGCUGUUUCAGAUUUCAAAUAGGCUUUACGGCGAAAGCACACCAUGCAAUUAUCUGAGGACAGCGCCCCGCAUACAAAAGCAUGAAAUAUAUAUUUCAACCAGGCAGGUGCGCCACGAAAGUCAGAAAUAGCGAUA